CAAGCACGUGCCUCAUGCAACUGGACGUCGACCAUGCAAGCAAAAGGUUUUCAUUCAACGCUUUCAACUGAAAUUCCUCUCCAUGCACGGCAUGAGUAUGCAGCAUGCAACUUGUUUGUCCUCCACGAACUCCCGCCCGACAUUAUCGUUGACUCGUUUGAGCUCGAUGACCAUAGACUCCACUUCCAAUUUGCGGGAAAUACGGAUCUGGAGCUACCCACGUCGGGGGUAGCGAAUGAAUCUGGCUGGCUGCUGGUCGCCGUUAAGCCGGAGACAGACUUGGUCAUGGUGGACGUGCCUCUCCAUGUUAGGUACGGUAUGCCGCGCGAGGGUAAUCUACGUCACAUCAUCCAGCUCCCUCCUCCGACUUGUUUCUGGGCUUGUCCUUCCUCAUACAAAUCACUCCACAGCGCACUCCCGCCCCAGUCACCCAAAUUCCACAUGCUCAAUUCCUCCACUCAGUUUAAAAUCCUUCAACAUACAACUUCAUCGCAUAUCUCAUUCGACGUUCCUGUCGGCAACAUCAAUCACAUCCUCUAUAUCGAGUUAUGUACUGCGACUGUUACCCUCCUUGCCUUUGUCUACAUUGCCAAGCACUGUUCAAGGACACUCUCCAAAAUCCUCCAUUCUGCACACCUCAAGAUGCAAUAGCUCUUUUUAGCACAGAGUAUAGAACGCGACCGCUCCCCUACACGAUCACACACCGUCGUUGCUUCACCAUCUUCCCCCAGCGUCCCUUCAUACUCUCUCGUAAUGCAAGGUUGAACACGUCUUGCACACCACUUCCUGUCUUUGCUGAGCACUCAAUGUACUUGGCACCGAUUUCUCGUGCCACCGUGCCACCUUGCUCAGGUGUCACUGGCACCUGACCCUGCGCGCCAAGCAUGCGCCGUGUUUGUUCGUCCCGCCGCAGGUCAGUCUUAGUUCCAACGAGGAUAAGAGGUGUUCCUUCGCAAAAGUGGGCAACUUCAGGGUACCACU